AUGGACAGGCUGGAAAAUGAUCUGCAGCAGAUGACGCAGCAGAAGGAGGAGCAGUGGAAGAAAGAGAUAGAGGAUUGGAGGAGAACUAUUCAUAUGGCUGCUUCCCGACUACCAGUGGGCGUGUCCAAAGGAUCCAAAUCUGCCAAAGUAGACGAAGUGGACCAGCGCAACACUUCCGGGCCCGCGCAAGAUCUCUUCCUGCAAGAACCACAACCGACCCAGCGGAGCAUGAGGGAUGAAGAGCCUCAGCCUCCAACGGGUCUUGCUCGUAGCGGCUCGGACAAUGGGAAGAAGAUCACCAGGGCAGGUCAAGGGCUGGAAGUGGCUCACAAGCCUGACCAGCAUCUAGACAAGCCAGUGCGCCAGCCGGUGGGCUAUGAUACACAACAAGCAGACGUUUCCGCUUCCUAUGCGCUCCAGUCACUCCCCAAUGAGGUCGGCAGGAGUCAUGCCGCCAAUAAGGGCAGGAGCGCGAGCUGGGGUCCUCGCGGGAAUGCUGGGUUAACUUACGUGGAGCCAACGACUCUUGCUCCCCAUGUCAUGCCUGCAAGUAUGCCAAUGCGGAUGCAGCCGAUGCCAAGAUGGCAGGGGCCGCCGAUGCCCAGGAACGAGAUGGUGAUGCCCAUGAAUGGAAUGCAGAACUCUGCGCAUUCUAGCAUGGAACCUCAGUGGAGCGGAGGACAAGGGCCGCUUCCUUCCAACUUCCGGGGGGUCGGGAUGGCAGACUUCAUGCCGGACUCUGUGCCGAGGGGAGGCAACUGGAGGAUGCAGCGAGUGCCACGAGCGAAUGCGCCUGGAGAGAGCGCGAGCGCGGCAUCGCUGAUGCACCAGGCCAUGCAGAUGGCCAAGAUGCAGCUGGAGAUAGAAGGGAUGCUUCCUCGUGAAGAGCAGUGGGCAGCAGCGCCAGUGACGGGUAAGCAAGCCAAAGGAGCAGACGAGAUAUUAGCGAAUGACUUGAAGCCCCAGGCUCAAUGGGCGUCAUGA